CUUUCACUUUAAAUUAUUGAUGGGACGACAGCGAAGAAUAUUAUAGGAGAGAUCUAAGGCUUCUAUCUUGUUUAUGUCAUGACUCUUUAAUAUAUAAAAACAAAAUUAAUUUAUUUGAUAUCCAAGGAACUUUCUACAAGAAGAUCAGGGGAAUAUUUGUGGUUUACCUUCUCGGGUGUUAUUGUUAGAUGGCGCAACCUUCCGUCACAUGACAUUGGUGCAUGAUGUGAAAAGCACACACCAGCUGAUUUUCAAACGGAUAGAGCUUUUCAGGGUUAACAAUCAAAUGUGGAAGUGAUACAUAUAAACAUAUGCUGAUUCUGAUGAUGCCUAAACACCAUAUUCAUUUUGGAUGUCAAUAACAUAAGCUAAGUUGAUUCAAAAGUGAUACGCCCCCCUGACAAAGUGAAAGUAGAUAUCAAGCUAGCUAGCAAUGGCAGAUUUUCUAGCAGAAAAUAAUCCUUGUGGCCAAAAUGUAUUGCGAUUAGUUUCAAGAGGAAAUGCGAUCAUUGCAGAACUGCGUCGUUUGGCUGAAUUUAUUCCCCCUGUGUUCAAACUAGAAACGCAACAAGAUCGAAUAAGAUACGCUGAUAUCAUAUUUGAUUUUGCUUAUUUUAAAAGUCAGGAAUACUAUGACAACAAGAUUGAUAGCAAACCUGAACUUCAAGAUUUGGAUGAAGAAUUUCGUGAAAACCAUAUUGAAAUUUUAACUAGAUUUUAUCAAGCCUUUGCAAGUGUUCACAAAUAUGUUGUGGACUUAAAUAGAUUUUUAGAAGAUUUAGAUGAAGGUGUUUACAUACAGCAAACUCUAGAGAGUGUUUUACUCAAUGAUGAUGGGAAACAGCUUAUGUGUGAGUCCAUAUUUCUCUAUGGUAUCAUGCUCAUCAUCAUUGAUAGCAAGAUUGAAGGAACAGUCCGGGAGAGGAUCCUUGUUUCCUACUACAGAUAUAGUGCUCAGAAGGCAGCAGCAGGAGACUCCAACAUAGACGAUGUCUGUAAACUGUUGUGUGGCACUGGAUUCCAGAACACAGCCACGGCAAAGAGACCACCAAACUACCCAGAAUCCUAUUUCAACCGUGUUCCAAUCAACCCAGAAUUUGUGAACAUGGUGAUUGGUCGUUUACGAUCCGACGACAUCUACAACCAGAUCUCGGCCUACCCCCUCCCCGAGCACCGCUCCACUGCCCUAGCUACACAGGCCUGCAUGCUCUAUGUCAUCCUGUACUUUGAUCCUGAAAUCCUUCACAACCAACAGGCCAAAAUGAGAGAGAUUGUGGACAAACAUUUCCCAGAUAACUGGGUGAUCGGUGUUUACAUGGGUAUGACUGUCAAUUUACUGGAUGCCUGGGCUCCAUACAAAGCAGCAUCCACAGCACUCAACAACACGCUGGAGGUCUCCAACGUCAGAGAGCAGUCUGUGAAGUAUGCCACAAAGAUGCAGAGGUUGAUGGCUCCACUGGAGAAAUACCUAAAGGAAGGUGUGCUGACGGAGGAGUUUGUUUUGGACAACAUUCCCAAGAUGAUGAAUGUGCUGAGGGACAGUAAUGUAGCUCUGCGAUGGCUGAUGCUGCACAGUUCAGGACUCUCGCCCAGUGCUGAACAGAACAGGAGAUGUAAGGCCCUGAGGGAACAAGUUCUGACUGAUGCCAAGUACAACCCUCUGGCCGUCUUCCAGCUUCUUCUUAAUGUAGGGCAGUUUGAAUUUACUCUGAAGGAGAUGUUUAAACAGAUGUUAGUGGAAAAACAGCAAAAGUGGGAGGAGCACAAAAAGGAGGGGAGUGAGCGAAUGGCUGAACUGGGUGAGGUCUUCUCAGGGACCAAACCUCUCACCAGAGUGGAGAAAAAUGAUAAUCUACAAGCAUGGUUCACAGAAAUGGCAAAGCAGAUUACUUCUCUGAACUAUGAGGACUCUACCACUGCUGGGCGUAAAAUUGUCCAGCUUAUCCAGGCUUUGGAAGAGGUCCAAGAGUUCCACCAGCUGGAAAGUAACCUGCAGGUGAAGCAGUUCCUGGCCGACACCAGGAAGUACCUACACCAGAUGAUCCGAACCAUCAACAUCAAAGAGGAAGUGCUCAUCACGGUACAAAUAGUGGGGGACCUGUCUUAUGCCUGGGACAUCAUGGACAGCUAUACUAUGUACAUGCAACAAGGCAUCAAAAAAGACCCUUCACUUGUUAUUAAACUCAGGGCAACGUUUCUAAAGAUGGCUUCAGCCCUGGAUUUACCCCUGCUCAGAAUUAACCAGGCUAAUAGUCCAGAUCUCCUCAGUGUGUCCCAGUACUACUCCGGGGAACUGGUAGCUUACGUCAGAAAGGUUCUACAGAUCAUUCCCCAGACCAUGUUUGGACUCCUGGCCAAAAUCAUCAAUCUACAGACGACCAGUAUCAAGGAGGUUCCCACCAGGCUGGAGAAGGACAAGAUGAAGGAGUUCGCUCAGCUGGACGAAAGAUACGAGGUGGCAAAACUUACACAUGCCAUAUCAGUCUUUACAGAAGGGAUUCUUAUGAUGAAAACAACACUUGUUGGUAUCAUAAAAAUAGAUCCGAAGCAGCUGUUAGAGGAUGGAAUCCGUAAAGAGUUGGUGCAGCAGGUGGCCUUGGCGUUGCACAGAGGACUGAUGUUUAACCCCAAAGCAAAAAUGAGUGAGCUGAUGCCCCGCCUGGAGAGUCUGGGAGAGACUAUGGACGGGUUUAGGCGGUCCUUUGAGUACAUUCAGGACUAUGUCAAUAUCUACGGCCUGAAGAUUUGGCAGGAGGAAGUGUCCAGAAUCAUCAACUACAAUGUGGAGCAGGAGUGUAACAGCUUCCUCAGAACAAAGAUUUUGGACUGGCAGAGUAUGUACCAGUCUACAGCCAUUCCUAUCCCACGAUUCUCACCUGUGGAUGAAAGUGUCAAUUUCAUUGGAAGAUUGGCACGAGAAAUCAUUAGAAUCACUGAUCCAAGAAUAACAGCAUACAUUGAUCAAAUGAAGGCAUGGUAUGAUGUCAAGACUAAAGCUGAACAAGUAAACAGAACCCUUUUCCAAAAAUUACAGAAAUCAGUGGGUAGUUUUGGUUUGGCAGGACUGGACCGUCUGCUGUGUUUUAUGAUAGUGAAAGAACUGCAGACUUUUCAAGGAAUGUGUACAAGACUUCUGAACAAUGCUAAGGACAGGCAGUAUCAUGACCUUCUGGAUUCCUUCUCCAAGAGUCUGGGAAAUGUCAAAGCUGUUGUCGGCCAGCCAGGCAAGCUUUAUCCGGCCAUGAUGUCAAAAAUGACAAGAGUAUGGCCAUCCUUCUUGGACAUCAUCCUGAAGGUUGGCCAGAUGCAACUUUUGAGAAGACAAAUAGGACAUGAGUUGAACACUUCCUGUAAAUUUGACUCUAAGACUUUUUCAAGUGCACUUCAAGCCAUGAACGAUGCUCUGAUAGCAGACAUUGAGAGGCAUUAUCAGGAUCCCACUUUACCCUAUCCCAAGGAAGAAAACCCACUGAUGUUUGAAUUAACGUCUUAUUUAGAGUCUGCUGGAUACCAUGAUCCUUUAAAAAAGAUCUAUGUUACCACAAAGCGGUUGCCAUUUUUCUCUUUCUUUAAUUUCUUGUUGGUGAUUUCUCAUCUCCCAAAACUGACAUACAGCAAAACCAUUAGUGGACUGGUCAGUAAGAAAGCAGCUGACCCCUUGGAUGCCCCGCCCUUUGUGACAGGCUGUUUGACCCUGUUAAAGCAGUACCAUGCGGAGAAUACAGACAUAUUUCUUGCCUUCUUGGGACAAUAUGUGCGGUCCUUGGUGGAUUCUCUCCCAGGGUCAAAGACACAGGAUGGUGCCCAGGAUGUCUUGAAUGUAAUGAUAUUCUUGGAGGACUUUAUCUAUUACAGUGGGCUGUCAAGAAAGGUGGUGGAGGCCCAUGUACCGGGGUACCUGUUUGAUGAAUUUAGGAGUCAAUUUGCAUCAUGAGUAAUGCAAAGUUCUAGUACAAUACACAUGUGCAACAAAAUAUAAACCUGUAUAAAACUGAUUACAUUACAUAUUAAUAUGUAAUAUAUUGAAGAUGUGAAGGAUUAUAUUAUAUAAAAACAUCUGUUGUUUAGACAUAUACAAAAUGUACCAGUAUAAUUAUUUUUGAAAUAAACAUUUCAAAUAAGAAAA